CUCAAUCACACAAACUAACCUGGAGUAACUAGCUAGACACUAGUGCACCUGAGAAUAGUGGAAGAAAGUAGCGUACGAGUGACAGCAAAAGACCAUCCUGUGGACAGAAAUGAACCGUACUGCUCCAGAGGCAACGGGUCUCGACCCUGCCGUGCUGAGAGACCAACUCUUUGAGCCAUGGAACCGGAAAGAUCUGCAGACGCUACAUUUGCUAGCCCUCCAGGGAUUUUCAAAGCUGUCUGAGCCUCUGGAGGCCUUACUGACAAUCCUGGAGAGCUGUCCAGGCAAACAGAAGAGUCGGAGCCACACCCUCGGCUAUCACAUCCUUAUGGAAUUCCAGACAUGGAUGAAGGACCAUUCUGAGGUGACCCUGAGUUCACUCUCAGAGCGGCAAGCACUGGAGCUCCAGCGUCGUGCCCUGAGUUUACUAACAGAUACCCAGCCUAGCUUUGUAGAGAGCCUCAUUUACAUCUACCACCUUAGCUCCCUGGACCCAGCAAUACUCCGACUGCACAUUGUGAAGUUGCAGGCCCUCAACUGCUACAAAGAGGCAGCGGUGCUCUGCAUCAAGUUUAAGUUACAGAAGGAACUGAAUAUGGAGGAGAUCUGCGUACCGCUAAUCUUGCAGGAUAAGCUGUCAUUGGCAGAAUCCUACGUCACAGGCCACAAUCAUCUCGAACAACGACUCGUCACGCUGCUAGAUUCCUGGUGCCAUCCCAGCUUCAGUGUAGAAGAGAUAAGCAAGCGGUUUCCUCGCCUCUCUCUGUCCAAACACUGCAUGAGCCAGAUCCAGCCCAAAAUGCUCAUCAAACACAUCUUUCGACUUGUGGAGAAAUUCAGUAUUGAACAAGGACUGUGUCCCAAUGCUCUUCACAAGAGGAGACUGAACUCUUUACGUUUCCUCAUGUACAAGAGGUUUGUGGAGAAAAGCAUGACAGAGGAUAACUGGAGUGACCAUGUUCAGUAUGUAGUGGCAGAUGAUCUUGAGCUGCAGAUCAACUUGGUGGAGAUGUUGGUGAAGUACUGUGGUCUCCAGAAAGCCUCUCAGUGGUCACUGAGAUACAACAUCCCCAGAUAUCGACUGCCCUGCGGAGUAUGGGAAACGCAGCAGAGUCUACCACCUGAUCUGCAACAGAUAUGUCUGAGUGAUUCAGCACAAACUGAGGAGUGGACGCCAUCUCAGUUUCAUUGUCAGAAGUUCUACCAGGUGCCACUCACCAAAGACAAGGUUCACUUUGUGGACACGGCAGAAGCUCUCCAGAGAUGUCAACACAUUGUGCUGAAGGAAGGUGGUAUAGUAGGAGUUGACAUGGAGUGGCAGCCUACAUUUGGCUGCAUCUCAACUCAGCAAGUAGCCCUGAUACAGCUUGCAGUUUUUGACCAGGUUUUCUUAUUAGACCUCUGUGCAAAUGGAUUCUGUCAACACCCAGAUACUAUAAGUUUCAUCAGGAGCUUGUUCUCUGAAAGAAAUGUCCUUAAACUGGGUUACGGUAUGACAGGAGAUCUCAAGUCUCUCUUGGCCACCUGGCACCAGUUUUUAGAGGAGCCACUGAAGAUGGAGGGGGUACUUGAUCUUCUUAGUAUACACCAGAAGAUCCAGAGUAGUAAGGUCAACAGGACUCAAAAUGGUCCUAAAGAGGUGAUGGUUGGAGAGGACUCUGCAGAGAAAGGCCUCAGUCUACUGGUACAACAGGUCAUAGGAAAGCCCCUGGACAAGACGGAACAGAUGUCCAACUGGGAGAAACGUCCACUGCGCAUCAGCCAAAUUAGAUAUGCAGUGGCAGAUGCCUACUGUUUGCUGGAUGUGUACUCUGUCCUCUCCAGCAACCCAGCAUCCUUUGGGCUGCCAGCUGACCUGCGCAGCAUCUCUUCAAGCCAAUCAGAGAAGAGUGGAGACAAGAAGCAGAAGGAGAAACAGGCCAAGCAGAAGAAACAGGCCCUUGGUAAAGAGGAAUUUCAGGGGGCUCAAAGGGUCAGUCCCCCUCGCUCUGACACAGAGAAAGACCUCCUGUGUGGCAAGAAGCCCUCAGAAGAUUCCCCCCCUCUGCCCCCCCAGCAGUUGCGGGUGGUGUGCGACAAUAUGCUUCAAGGACUCGGGAGGUACCUGCGCUGUUUAGGAGUUGACGUGGUCAUGUUGGAGAACACUGAUGAUCACAGAGUAGCUGCAAAGUUAGCACAAGCCGAAGGCCGUGUCAUACUCACAUGUGGACAACCAUUCCAAAGUUUGCGUUCCCAGGUGGGUGAGGGUCGCUGUCUGUCCCUAGACUGUUCUGAAAAGGCCAGAGACCAGGCUGUUCAAGUCCUCAAACACUUCAACGUCCAGCCCACUCCCAGUGAUAUAUUCAGCCGCUGCCAGGCGUGUAACAGUGAUCAGUAUGUGGCGGUGCCCAGAGAGGACAUGGUCAGGAUGCUCAAACAGAAAGGAUUUCUGCAGGACCAGGACAACAGUGACCACACACAACAGAGGUCCCAUCAACAGGAAGAGGAGAAGCUUGGUGACAUCUUGACCUCCAGCGUGACCCCUGAACUCCCCAGGUAUGCCCUUCAGUGUCGCUGGGCCUCCCUUUCAGGGCUGGACCCUGACACCCUGACCUUUCCCGGGGGUGCGCCCAUACAGCUCCACACCGUGCCCCCUACCCUCCUGCCGAGGAUACCGCUCUUCUAUGUCUGUACCAGAUGUGGCAAGGUGUUCUGGGAAGGCUCUCACUUUGGCCGUGUCCUCUCCAUGUUUCAGGAGGUCUUACACAUAACAGACGAGGACAGUGAAUCAGCUGCAGCACUCGUUAAAGCAGGGCAGCAGAACUGACUGAUGUAAAGCUCUUGCAGUUUACCAAACCAAAAAACAUCCAGACUAAUGUUGCGCACAUGUAGCACCCAGCUGUCAUGAAAUCCAAGUAAACUGCUGCAUACAUAACAGCAGUUCUAUUUUUUACUUUUCUAAUUGACUUGAUAAAACGAUAAGGCGCAAAGAUUGUAAAUUUAGGCUGACAUUACUAGUGAGUUUCAACAGCAACUUCAAGUGAUACAAAAUUUGUAUCACUUGAAAUAACAAAUAAUUUGAUAAAAAAUAGGUGAGUUAAUAAAUCAACUUACUGCCCUUGGUAGUCAGACCUCCUGUUACCCAGCAGAUAUUAAAACUUGACAGUCAUAUUAAAAAAACAAAGCUGCGGUGAAUAUGGAUGAACGAUUCUGUCAUCCCAAACUUCAUUUCCAAUGUAUCUAUUUUCAACGGUUUUAAAUCUAUUGUGUUUUAAAGAGUUAAAAACUCAUUUUAAUUUCAAUGAACCAAAGACAAGUCAUGCUCACAUCUUGACUUUGUAAUUUUUGUUGUUGUUUAUGUUCAUUGUUAAACCCUGGCACAUUUAUGGUGAUUUGUGGUUUGUAUUGAGAUAAUUUGAGUUGUAAUGUGUUAAUUCCUCAAAAACACUUUAACUCUUUAGGGAAUUUUAUCUCCAAACUAUAAAUCACACUAAGUAUGUACAGUAUCUGCAUUGGUCUUAAGUUUGUUCAUUCAGCAGCUUCUAUUAUAUUCUAUUUGAUGAAAACUUUUUUUAAUUGUUUUGACCUAAAAGCUACGGUUAAAUGAUGACAGGACUCAGUUCUUGUACUUUUUUAGCAGUCUGUUAUACUGUAUACUUCCAUUCUCUGUGAUUACAUGUAUAUAAUUUUUAAUUAUUUAGGCAAAAGCUGAAUAUGUGUUAAUAAACAGAGUUUUCAUUUCAUUUA